AUGAUAUUAUUCGAUGAACUUCCUGAACUCAUAUUCACUUCGUCAUCAGACCGUGAUUCAUUGACAACUGCAACACCAGUCGACUCUUCUGACCUCAGCUCGUCAAGCAGAGGGAUAUCAUUUGAAGAGCUGCAGAAUCUGCCCCAAGAACCUCCCACAGAUACAACUCGUCUCAAGACUAUAUCUCCUCGGACAAGCACUCCCGAGACCACUCCCGAGACCCCUCCGCAAUCUCGCCCGUCAUCAUCAAAACUCCAGCCGGGUACUCCGGAUACUCCAAUCUGGACAUCUACUCAAUGCAUAUGGUUUUUGAUACUGUUCACCGUCGUUUCUCCGGCCCUCGGUGUCUUCUUGCGCUUCGAAUUCAACAACCCCUCGUACAGAGGCGUUGGAGAUAAUUCAACACUGGGAUGGAGUCACAAGCCUGUGGUAUCGCCUUCCUGUCGCGUCGCUAGGAAGUACACAAUCGAUCCUGAUAGUUUGCCAGUUGCUUCGUCGGUGCUGGAUUGCGAAGUUCCUGGUUAUGGUGCAAGAGUUGGCGGUGAUGAUCACCACAUCGCAGACGCUGUUAAGGCCUUGUCACAUGUUCCCGAUCGACUCUUCCAGGCUCAAAACUUGAUACAUCGCUAUCAUCGCGAUCUUGGUGCCCUUGCAGUUGAAUACGAAUUUCCCAUCAGCCCUCAAUCGAUCUCUGCGUCCUCGAUAGAUUUACUGACUGAUGCCAUGACCAGCUACUACAUUCACAUCCACAGAAUGCUUUGUCAGAUACGUGAUACAUCGAAUGGAACACUCAAUUCCCAGGCACAGGUGGCCCCAUUCACUUUGACAUGGUACAACAACAAAGUUUACCGCGACCUUGUAACAAGCAUCGCCGCUUUGGAAACAGCGGAGAUGAUUAUUCGAGGCAGACAUACAGAAUGUAGAGAGAUCAUGUACAUGAGCCUGACCUCCAUGGCAUUGGAAGUUGUCUUUUCAGAGUGGUCCUUGACCGAUACUCUGGAAGGUAUCCUUAUCGAGUCUCUGAGCUUGCUUGACCAAAUCGACCAGGCCAUCAAGACUGGAAUCGCAAGCUUGAAAACAGUUGAGCAAAGUAUGAGCUUCGUUGAUCCGCUCUCGGAAGAAAUCCACACCGUCAGUCACAUACACAUCAGCAACCUUCUUGUCGAUGUAGAAGAGACUUCUAGAUUAUCGUCAGCUCUCGUGGUGCGGAUGGAGAAUCAGUGGAAGAACUCGACAUUCAAGAGAUAG